AGCUCCCUGAAAACUUCCUCUCCCUCAUCUCAUUUUUCAAUCUCUCUCUCUAGAGUUUCUCUCUCUAUGUCUUUGGAGUUGAGUUGCUGUUAAUGGUACAUGGCUGCUUUUGGUGGAGAACCUGAUGCCUUUGAUGAGUGAUCUAGUGAAGGGGAUCCAGUGAUUGUUAUGCUGGAGGCCAAGCACAAGAGCAGACCCAGUUGCAGUGAAGCUCUGGGUUUACAAGUGUUUGGGAAAAGAGAUAGAAGGUCUUCUUCAGAUGUUAUCCAUUGAAAACAAUCCACAGGUUCCAUCUUCCUUCAAGCUCCCAGCAGUGAAAACUGUUGAGAAGGUUCAUCAACUUGGUGGUACACAGAACCCCAAUUUCUGCAUAAGGAAUUAUGUUUCAGAGUCCCGCAACAAAAACAUUGGUUUGAAUUGGCCUUUUCCUCAGCAUUGUUUACAACUUUGCUUGAAUCAAGGAAUUAAUGAUGUGUUGCCACCUUUUGAGCCACCUGAUUUAGUGAGAGCCAAGUGUUCUAAGAAGACAAUUAUUGAAAUCGAAUCUGUCGUUGAAAAUUCAGUUAAUGUAAGCAGAGCUGUUUCAGAAGAGUCAACUGAAUUACAGAGGAAGCUUGAAGUAUCAGAAAAGAAGUGUAAACUUGUUGUGAAACUCAGUUCCAUCUCGGUGAUCACUCGGACAGAGGAUCUAACUUCUAAUUGUAGUGAAGUUUCAGAUACCAUGGCUUCGAAGGUGUGCCCUGUCUGUAGAAUAUUUGUAUCCACCUCAAACACAACUUUGAAUGCGCAUAUCGAUCAGUGUCUUUCUUCUGAGACUGAUACAAACUUUGUAAAUAGCUCGUCAAAUAUCAAAGUGAAGCCUAGGAAGAAAAGGCUAAUGGUGGAUGUUUAUGCUUCUGCUCCUCAUUGUACUAUUGAAGAUCUUGAUAGGAGGAAUGGUAGGAAUUGCGCUGCUACUGAUUUGACUGUGUUGGCACCAAACUCUGAAGUUAACAAAGAGGCGAAACGACCAAAGUUGAGUGCAGUAGAUGCAGGAACCAAUGAAAAUAAUGGAGCAGUUUAUGUUGAUUCCAAUGGCAUUAAACUUCGAAUACUGUCUAAGUCCAGUGAUGCUACAGAGUUGAUACCAAAAGAGGACUUGAAAUUAAGCAAGCACACCGAAGAUUUCAAGGAUCAAAGCAAUAGUUUUUUGUUCAGCAAGAAAAAGCAAUUUGGAUCUAAAUACAUGACAACAAAGUCACAAGGCAAGAAAUUGAACUCUUUCAAGCUCUUAGACAGCAAGUUUCAAGAACCAUCAGGAAAAGAAUGCGAAGAAGGACAUCAUCAAGAUAAAGAAGAAUCUCUCUUGCAAAAAUUGAAUAGUCAAGACAAAGCGAAAGGCAAUGUAUUGUCGAGUAUAAUACCAAGAGUUUGCUCUAAACGAUCGGAUUUGCAGAGGAAAAUCAACAACAAAGACAUCCAUGGAAACUUGGCGAAAACUGGGACUAAGACUCCAUUGGUGGAGACUAACCAACCAAGAUUUGUUGACCCUCUUGCCUUACAAAGUCAGACUGUGAAAUUCACUGGAUCAUCUGAUACCUUGAACUUGGCACCGAAAAUCAGUACAGAUAUAUUGUCUAACACAGUCAACAUCACUGACAAUGUGAAGAUGAAUCCUUCAACACAUGCUGUCAUUAAAUCCAAAUUGUCACAAAAGAGUUGUAAGUCAGCAAGUGGUCUUAUGGUGAAAUUAUCAAAAUCUAAGGGGAUAGUUUUCUCAUCUCCGAAAAGCAAAAAGGAGGAGGUUUACAGAAACAGUUCAACGAUGUCUGACAAUAUUCCUGAGCUGACUACCAGAGCUUCCAGAAAAGGUUCAACUUUGAAUGAGAGCAAUCUUGUUAGAAGACGGCAAUUGAGUGAUGGAAUGGGGAAGAAAUACUCUAUCUUUAAGAAUCUUCGCAAGCAUAGAUCAAUGGCAGGGGCUGGUAAAAAAGGAGUGAAAUCACAUUCUGAUAUUUGCACACUUACCAGUCCUGCUAAAAAUGCAGAAUCUGAGGCAAAAUAUGGAGGCAAAGAGUUAACUAUGGCAGACAAGGGAAAGGGUGACAUCUUGAAAAAGAAAAUCAAAGCAUCAAUUUUUACUGAUCAUAUGGUGACAAAUUUUGAGGAAGAAGUGAUUCCUGAGCAGCUUUGUAGAAUUGCAAGUACAAAUGAAUGCACACCAGCUUCCACUGCUGAAUUGGCGAAAGAGCGGCCAUCUACAGAAGAACAUAUGCAUCUUCCAGCAUCACCUAAUCAACUAGAAAGGCCAUGCAGGGAUCGUGCCGGCGACGAGGUUGCUCGUGCAAAUGACCAAAUGGCAGAUGAAGUGAGAACCAGAGUGGAGGAACAAUCUUGUCAAGAUUCUAGUGCUUGCUUGAGCAAUCAAGAGGACACAGAGAUUGAAAUUCUUCAAGAAAAUUCAUCGAUAACAUCAAACAGGAAAAUGUCUUCCAACACCGAUAAUUCUAUUGUUUCCACUGCCUCAACAAUUUCUCCUUCCUCUCCAAAUGAACCAAAUGUCUCCAAAAUUGAAGAAAACUUGAAAUUGAAAUUGUCAUCAAUGUCAAGUAUUGAAGUAGCUGAAGGAACAAAUACAGACAAAAUCGAAGCAGUUAUAUUGGCCAAGGAACUGGUACAAGUGCAAUCUCCAGAUGCUCAGGUUUGCUGCUGCUCAAGAAGAGAUUACCUACCUAGAGAGUCUCAAUUUUCUAAAAUGCACAUCAAUUCAGGAAAACAGAUGGUCUCUAACCUGCACAUCAGGCCAAUUAGUCCUUCAUUCAGUCAUUGUUCAACCUUCCAAGCAGAUAUGGAAUCACCAACUGCCUCAAUGUGCACAAUGGCAUCUUCAGAUUCUGCAGCAAAGCUUCCUACCAUCCAUGAUUUCAGUUCCCCAAGUCCAACUCAAUCUACAUCAAAACCUGUUCUAAGACUCAUGGGGAAGAAUUUGACAGUUGAAUGCAAAGAAGAAACACAAACACAGCUACCAAGUCCUAUGUCCAACACUACCCCAACUCUGAAACAUUCAUCUGACCAUGGAUUUUCAAACCAUCAACCCUAUCUACAACAACAGCAGCAACAUCAUUUCAUGGGUGUUCCUCUUGUGUUCAGCCAAGCUUCAUCAAUGGCUACCAACCAAAUGCCCCUGCAUUCAUAUGGAAUACCAAUGAGAGAUUUCAUUUUGACUGAUGAUGCUACUGAUCAUGAAAGAGUGCAAAGAGCUACUAACAUUUCAUCUGCAACUAUUCCUGCUUCUAAUCUUUUGCAACACGGGCCGGUAUAUCCUUACUUCCAACGACAUAGCCAGCUUAUACCAAUGGAGUUUGAUGGAGGUUUCCGGCCUUCUUUCGACAAUGCCAGGGCUGUACAGCGAAGCAGCGCACCGGGAGACUCUGUUCCUCUUCCACAGAGCAUGUUUCGGUUCCCUUCUCCCUUAAUCAGUCACUUGCAUCCAUCUUUGUUCUACCCUGAGACUAUGCGAUGAUUUUGACUUCAUGUUCAUCGUGUUUAUGAAUUUGGUAAGUUGUUUACUUGGAGAAUCCAAACAAUCUGUGUUCUGUAUGUAUAUGAGUUUUGAUAGGUCUGUGUCUCAGCCAUGCUUCUUUGAAGUUGUAAUACUAAGCUUGCUGAAAAGCAUACUCUGUAAUAAAUAUAUAUGUUUCUGACCAAUUCCUUCUCAAACAGAAUAAAAACUUGUUUCAUAGACUAAA